GAUGACUAAACUGGGAAGCGGAACCGACACCUACAAUGUGAUGAAGUAUUUUUACCCCUUGCGCCUUCCCGCGUUUAACUGUUUCCAGCGUAAGCCUUUAAAUGGCACAUUUGAAAUAGUUUCAGUGAAACAUGGAAAUGACGUAUAAAGUAUAUUAGUCUUGAAAUGACAACAUUAUUUUAAUUUCCAUAGUACUUUUGAGUUCAACGCUGAGAGCGAUCCAAUCUGUGGAAAACAAUACUCGAGUGACAACACCUGACAAGCUGGAUACUUGAGGACGUACAACUAGUGUGAAAUACAAGUCAGCUAAAAUGGAUAGAAAAGGAGACAAAAGAAACAGUAUCCUUCAGCUGGGUUUUGGCAAAGGCAAGAAAAGCAAGAGCACAUCUGAAGCACGAAAAGGGCCCUCAGAGGACUACCGCAUGGGUGGGGCUAAUGGAGACACUAUUUCUGACCGUGUUGAUGUGGAAUCCAUUGCUGAUUACGAAGUUAAUGAGCGGUUUGAAAAGAUGCUUGAUGACAUGAACUUGACUGAAGAGAAAAAGGCCCCACUGCGGGCUAGAGAUCUGGGCUUCAAACGCAAUAUGUUAAGCAUGCACAUGAAGGGUGCAGCCAAGCUACGAGGGGGAGAACUGGACACCCCACAAUCUUUCACCAUUGAACUGCGUAAUCCAGACCUCAAGGGAGAGAAGCGGCUGAAAGUACUAGAAUCUCUAAGAGUAUCACUUACUAGCAAACCAGUCAGUUGGGUGAUGGACUUUGGAGAGAAGGGGCUAAAUGCAAUAUUAAAGAACUUGACAUACUGCUGUGAUAACAAAACAGAGAGAAGAAGUACAUAUGAAUGCGUCAGAUGCCUGAAAGCUUUUAUGAACAAUAAAUAUGGCCUGAAGCAGAUCCUGAACCAUGAGGAAGCAUGCACCAUCUUGUCAAGAACAGUAGACCCUUCUGAUCCUCCCACAAUGCUGGAAGCCAUCAGAAUAUUGGCUGCUCUGUGUCUUGUGCCACCCAAUGGCCAUGAAAAGGCCCUGGAAGGUAUCACUGUGUGUGGUGAGAUCCGUGGUCAGGAUCGUUUUGUCCCAAUCAUCUGUGGAAUGGGCAUGAGGGACAACCCUGCUAUGCAGGUGGCCUGUGUACAGCUAGCUAAUGCCAUCAUUAGCACACCAGAUGAUCUUGAUUUACGCUUACAUCUUCGAAACGAAAUUAUGAGGACAGGAAUGAUUGACCUUCUUUCAUGGCUAGACGUGCAAGAGGAUGAGGAACUCAAAACCCACAUCAACAUCUUCCAUGAACACAAAGAUGAAGAUCUAGAAGAGUUCUCACAUCGCUAUGACAACAUCCGCAUGGAAUUAGAGGAUGUUGAGGCUUGCUUCAAGCUGAUUCACAACACUGUGAAAGACACUGUGGCCGAGCCAUACUUUCUUUCCAUCCUUCAACAUUUGUUAUCCAUCCGGGAUGAUCUAUUCUCAAGACCUCAGUACUACAAGCUCAUUGAGGAAUGUGUUACCCAGAUAGUUCUCCAUAGAAGUGGUGCAGAUCCAGAUUUCAGAUACACCAAGCGCUUUGAUAUUGAAGUGGAACCUCUUUUAAGCAGUCUCUCAGAGAAGGCUAAGUUUGAAGACUCAGCAGUGUCCAUUGGGGAGAUGAAUUCCAAGCUAGAAAUUGCAGUCACAGCCAAACAAGAGGCAGAGGCCAAGCUUACCACUCUGGAGAACAAAGUCAGUCAGUAUGAAGCAGAAAUCACAGAGCUGAAGGCAAAGAUCACUCAAGGCAUAGGUGCCACCAUUUCUGCAGCCAUCAGCCAUGGUCCCCCAGGCCCCUCAUCUGGUGGCCCUCCCCCACCUCCACCCCCACCUCCUCCUCCUGGCUCAGGUAUUCCUCCACCACCCCCUCCACCACCUCCGUUUGGAGGUCCACCCCCACCCCCUCCGCCACCCCCUCCAGGGGGAGGUGCACCACCUCCACCACCGCCACCGCCACCUGGUGGUGGCAUCCGACCUCCCCCUCCUCCUGGCAUGCCUUCACCUGCCAUGACACCUCCUUCCUCAAACCAGCUGCCCCAUGGUAUGAAGCCCAAGAAAAAUUAUGAAGUCAAAGUGCAAACUAAGCGUCUUAACUGGAACAAGCUGAAUGCAAAACAACUGGACAAGAAUUCUAUAUGGGUCAAGGCCAGUGAGGAGAAAUUUGAAGACAUUGAGCUUUUCCUCAGUCUAGAAUCCAUGUUCUCUACUAAGGCACCAGCCCAAAAAGAAUCCACAGAAGCUGUGCAAAAGCCUGUAAAGAAGGGCAAGGAACUAAGGGUCUUAGAUGCUAAAGCUGGUCAAAAUCUAUCCAUCUUGCUUGGCUCCAUCAAAGUGCCUUACAAAGAAAUCAAGCGGCGUAUUUUAGCCUGUGACCAAGAGAACUUGUCGGUAGCUGUCGUAGAGCAGCUGCUGAAGAACAUGCCAGACCAAGACCAGAUGAACAAAAUUGCUGCCCUAAAGGACCAGUAUGAUGAGUUGGCUGAGCCUGAACAAUUUCUUAUUGUGAUGAGCUCCAUCAAACGAGUGAAACAAAGACUCGAGUCAAUGCUUUUCCAGAUGAAAUUUCCUGAGAUGGUUGAUGACAUCAAACCGGAUCUGGUGUGUGCUACUGAAGCAUGUGAAGAGGUGCUGAAGAGCAACCGGUUUAAGCAGCUUCUAGAACUUGUUUUAUUGAUGGGAAACUACCUCAAUACUGGAUCUCGCAAUGCACAGUCUUUGGGAUUUGAUAUCAGUUUUCUGCCAAAGCUGGAAAACACCAAGACACAAGAUGGAAGGAUAAGCAUGCUGCAUUUCUUGGCCCAAGUCAUGGAGGAGAAGUACCCAGACAUGAUGGGCUUUACAGAUGAGACGAUCCACGUGGAAAGGGCAGCCAAAGUGUCCAUGGAGUCAAUGCAAAAGAACCUGAGUCAGAUGGAGAAACAGUUGAAGCAAAUGGAGCUGGACAUCAAGAACAUUAGCAAGGGUGCUGAUGAAGAUGAUCGGUUUCCCAAAAUGAUGGCCGAAUUCCUAACAAGUGCCCAUGACCAACAUGAACUGCUGAGCACCAUGUUCAAGAAAUUAGAAGGACAAUACAAGGAUCUGUCCAAAUACUUGGCCUUUGAUCCUAAGAAGUAUGCUUUAGAGGAGUUCUUCACAGAUAUCAUGAAAUUCAAGGAUGGUUUUCAGCGAGCAGUGAAGGAGAAUAUCAAGAUGAGAGAAACACAAGAGAAGAUUAAAAGAGCCAAAGAGGCAAAAGAAAAGGCUGAACGUGAAAAGAAGGAAAAGAAAGCAAGACAGAUGGCGCUGCUUGACAUGACAACAGAUGAUAACCAAGAAGGUGUGAUGGACAACUUGCUGAUGGCUCUGAAGACAGGUCAAGCUUUUAACGUCAACCGUGAAAAGCGUGAUGGCAAGAAGCGAACUCCUCGAGCUGCUGGAGGACGAGGAACGGAGAGACGAGCACAACUGGCCAGGACACGGUCACGACAGAACUUGUAUGGAGGAGAUUCCAAUACGCGGGAAAUUGAUUUAACCGAUUCCCCAGCAGAUAGCAAGACCAGUGAGCCUAAACCUCAAGAAACUGGACAACAUUCAACCACAGUUCAAGCAGAGGGUUCAGAAGAAACUGAAGCAGAACAGCUACUUGCUCGCCUGAGAGAGCUUUGAUCAGCUUGGGCACAAAACAGAAAAGCUUGCAAGAACUUUGUUGCUUAACAUGUGAGUUGUGGAAGAUGCAAGGCUGAAACAUUUGUUUCCUGCAUUGUGUGGGUUGGGGAACUGAGUGAUGCAUUUGCAAGUAUCUUGAACAAUUUUUCUGAUAUUCCUCUAAAUCAGCCUAGCAAAAGUGGUAUUUGGAUUAUUUGGAAUUGUUUCAUUUACAGCAUUGAAGUAUGAAGGAUGCUGCUUUUAGGAAGAUUUUCUAAACCACUGAUGCCCAAAUAUCGGAGUGAAACACUCAUAUCAUGACAUGGUAUACUGCGAUGGAAGAGCAGUGUAUGAUCUUACGAUUAUUUCAGUCUGUUUUGACUUCAUCUCAUUUUUACUGCAGUCAUGAUACACUUUAAAGCAGCUAGAGCGUGUCUACAUUUUGUUCAUCAAGACGCACUUAGUGGAAAGUGCUUCGUGUAAUGUCUUUAAUUAGGGUCUUCUCAUACCAUUAGUGAAUGGUGCUUAAUGUAUGCUUGCAAAAGACAUUCAUCAGAGUCUGGCUGUAAGCUAUCAUAUCUUUGCCCUCUUCAUUCCUGUUCAUAAACACUUCAUUCCUUUUUCCUUUCAUUUUUUCCUCUAGCUAUUUUUUGUUGGGGUUUUUUUCGACCUUUUAACAUUUCAUUACCUUCUCUCGACAUGAUAUAGGCAUAGUUGCUGGCAUGGCAUAAAAUGCAAGCAACCAACCAAUCAUCGUCACUUUUGAAGAAGUGUUGUAGUACAUUUUAUAAAAUAACAUAACAGGUCACACUUUGUAGUGAGUGUCUUCUCAGAUUUCAUUAUAACAGUGCCAUCCAAGACCACAUGGAAUGCCACUGUCUUGUACAUGCUAAUAUCAUUUUCAAAUGGGAAAAUAAUUCAAUGAUAUUGUACAGACAUAGCUGUAUGAAUGUAAUGCUGAUUGCUUGUUUAUGUAAUUCACUAAUCCUAGCCUAUAAGAGAACAAAAACAGCACUCCAAUGACUAGUCAUGGCUGAUUUUUUUUUUUUCUUAAAUCUGUGGAAAACAUUUGGGGGAAAAUCUUAUAGUUGUUGCUUUCCUGGCAUUUUGUGAGGGGAAUUCGAUAAAAUGCAAAUGCCUCCUAUGCUGUCCUGAAUUUUACAGGGAAGGGACAAAGUUUUACAGGAGAAAGUUGCAUCAUGAUCACAGAGUAUCUAGGAUUUCUUACACAGAAGACUGGUGUCAGCAGGGUUGAAACUGCUGUCUGAGUGGUUGUGUAGAUAAAUUGGUAUGUAAAGUCAUGAUAAUGAGAGGUGAUGGGAGAGGUAGUGCGUGUCUGUUAUGGAAUUUUCUUUUAAGAAGCUGCCCUAUUCCUACCAUGCAAUUUUUGCAUUUUUUUAAUGUCUGUAAAUAUUGCCCUUUUUUCUAGCUUCUGCAUAUUGCCCCUCCCUUUCUCUGCAGUGUCUUGUUAUGCACUGUUGAGACUUAUGUUGUAUAAAAGUAAAUGCGCCAGUUAGCAUGGAUGUGUCACUUCUGUAUUAUUUGGCAGCUGCAGCAUGUUGACAGGUUAAUUUUUUAAAGACUUUUUUCCAUCUAGGCAGGAGCGUGUAAAUUUUCAUCGCCUGGCAGUUGUAUAUGACAUAAUCAUUAUAGAGAAAGGCUCUUUGUUGAAAAUGUUCCUUGUAUUAUUAAUAAGUGGUAGAUUAUUUGGACUGUAUGCAGUGCAGAAUGUUCACUUGCAACCUGCGUCACGUGUUUACAUUUUGCAAGUCUUUCAUCCUUCAGAACAGGUGUUUAUUUUCUGUCUUAUCUGUUUGCCUUCUGAGUGGUAAGGAUUAGAUUAUAAUAAUGUGUAAUUAUUUUUUAGAGGCAACCACAGUCUUAUCUACAUUAAUCAUGACACAGCACUGAAACCACAUCUGCUUAAACUCCUUAAACACCUGUGUUGACCAGAGAGUUCUUGAAAACCAUGUGCUGGGUAAGCUGGUAUGGUAUUAUGGUGGCCAUGUCUUGUGUAGUGCAAGUAGCUACAUCUGAAACAGUGCACCAAAAGGGAGGGUUCAUUAGACAACAAGAAUCCAAUGCCCAGCCAGCAGGGAGUACUUCAUCCAGUUGCACAGACUGUAGGUUGUUGCUUUGUCUUACAAUGCAUUAGUGAAGAUGCAAGCAUCUCUGGUCUGUUGAUGGCCAGGAAAUGCACUACAUAGGAAGGAAAAAGAAUUAGUAAAGCAUCCAAAGGACAGAGUCUUCAUCAUGGAUCUGAGCAAACACUGGGCAGAAACUGAAAGGCUAACUCCACAGAAAUUCUGAAGUAGCAAUAUAGAGACAUUUUUGAUUCAAUUGUUUGGUGUCCUUGUGACAGGUAUUUUUCUUUGCAACUGAAAGCCUACAAACAUCCAUAACCACAAGUGCAAUUGAUAGAAUUUUUUUUGGUGUGGGCGUUUCUUCCAGACCAUCAUUCUGAUGGCAGUUAUAUGCACUAGAUGGAGUUUUGGAUGAUCUAUCUUUAAACCACUUGACAAACAGCUGUUUGAAAAGUCUAGCAUAGACAACAGGAGGGAGACAUGGACAAGUGUCUAUGAAGAGACCAUGAUUUCUUAAGGAACAGAGGGGAAGAAAUGCGAGAUAGACCUAUUGGAAACCCUACUGUGUUCUUCGAACUACAAAACAUUGUGGCUUAAGCUAUGUUGAUACCAAUCUGCCAUGUAUAAAGAAAAAAAACUAGGUCUCCAAACUAAUCCCUGCUGCCUACCACAUUACAGGGGCUCUGUUUAUACAGAAGCACAUUUCUGUGAUACUGGAGUCUUGUCACAUGACAUAAAUGAAAUCCAGCCAGGCAGAGAGCCAUCAUUACUUUGUUGAACUUGUGCUUCUCUGGUCAAAAAUAUUUAAAUCAGAAUUAACAUCCAGGAGAUUAAGAAGUGUUAGAUUUCCAGCAUCAACAUUGAACAAAUAAUUCAAGAAGUACACCAACAGAAAACUUUCACAGAUCUGUGAUGGUACUUUAUGUGCACGAUUGCUUUGGAGAUGAUGGAGCUGUAGAAGUACACAAUGCAGCACAGGUGUAUAUAUAUGUUAUGAUGUUGUACACGAUGUAAUCAAGACUUCUAGUCUAUCAUCUAUUAAUACAUCUUGCAGUCAGCAUUCUUCAGUGUCAGUCAUUUGCAGCAUUAUAACAUUAUUCGGUCAGAUGUAAUAAUUAAAGAUGGCUGAGUAAGAAGACCUUAGUUAAACAGAGUUUGAUCAAGACUAGUCGCAAACUUACUGAAAGUAUUGUAUUGUCAUUCUCAGAUACAGCAUGACUAGGCAAAGAUCUCUGUAAGUUAAUAGAAAUAAGAAAUUAAUGUAAAACAGCUUCUCAUUUUCUCCCGUUAAAUUUAUUGUCUUGUACCAUCAAGCAUACGUGUUUUUUUUUUUUUUUUGUGUUUUUUUUUUUAGUAAACUUUUCCAGGAAAGGCUUAUUGCUUUCCUUUGUCAUCCUUUUGCUUCUGUUGCUGAUAAGCUAAGGAGAGAGCUAUGGCUGUGUAUGUGUGUGUGUGUUUUAAUGAUUUGUUGACAAGAAAGCUAGUCUCUGAUCAGAUAUCCACACAACAUAGGAAACAAUCUAAUGGCAUUGCUUAUUUCCCUGAAUGGAGACACAGAUAAGGCAGCAGAAGCCAACAGAUUUGCUGUUUUGGUAGAACUAUAGUACUCAUUAUUGUAAUGCUCAUCCACUGAUGUAAAUGUUGUGUUAUAUGGCUAUAUUUGUGCAAGAGCUGUAGGAUGGGUGAGGGCGGGGAGGCUGCAGACAAACAGCUGAUCAAACAUUUGCCUUUGCCUGUUGUCUGAAAUAGUGUGCCUUGUCUAUUAUGCUAAAUUCUACAUUUGUUUUAACAAACACCUAGAAUUGGGCGCCCUUAGCAAUUGGCUACAACAUUGUGUGUAGUCAGUGACAACUCAGUGUAGUGUCAAAGAAGCUUAUCAUUAUGAGUGAUAAGCGAAGUGUAUGCAGAAUGCUUUUAUCUAAAGAAUAGAAGUAAAAUCAAUUCCGUAUUUUUAUACAUGUGGACCAGUUUCGUUUUCAGGAUCUUGAUGCUUUUAAGCUGUUGUUUAUGAUUGUAGGAAACUUUUGCUUGUGCUGUUCACCAGCUCUUAAUGCACCCUGUCUUUCAUUUUCACAUUGGUGUUAAACUUUCGUAUAUACUGUGUACAUCUUCCAUAACUCACAUUAUUUUUUUUACUGCGCAAUGGUGCCAUUAUGGAUGAUAUUAAGAGAACAGUAGGUAUUCUUGUAAAACAACUGCCUGUACACACAUAGAACUAUACAUAUAGCACAUAUUUACCCAUAAAAAAUAACAACCAGUGAGAUGUAUUGUCGUCCAGCAUAUUAUUUGUAUUUUGCUACAGACUGUCAUAUAAAGUAUAUAUGUGUAUACAUGUAUGACUAUAUAUAGACAUUUACCUGCUCAACUGUAUAUGUUAGGUAAGAAACUUUGUAUAUUUUGUACAGAGCAGGUGCAUGGGUAUUCAAGCUGCUUUUUUUCCUCGGCAGUCAGCAAAGCUUAAUCCACUUUACUAAUUUGUUUUUGGUGUUUACGUCCAAUGUUUUGCCAUUUUUACCUGUUACCACAGUUCUGUCUAAAAGUGAUUCUACCAGCAAGCACUGGAACUUGGUUGCUUCACCUGUGAAUGGUGGCUUAAAAGCUGAAACCUAGUUUUCUUAGUGUCAUCUGGUGAUGGAUGAUCUGUGACCCUUAGAGGUGCUUUGGAGAUUAAAAAGUAAACAGUUGUUUUUCUGUUUGUAUUAUUCAGUGAAAUGUGGUUAUAUUUUCUCUGCAGUCUAAGUUUUAUUGAAUAUGCACCAGCAUCUUGUAGUUGAAGUCUUUUCCUUAGUAAUUCUUUACAACUUGAGUCAUCAGCAUGAUUUAACAUUAACCAGCCUUAAUGCUUGUAUAGCAUGUAAUUCAUUUCGUAUCAUAGUAAAAUCCCUUUGCAGUUCUCCAGAAUGCUGUGGCAUAGCAUCUUUUCCAUGAUAACAGUUGUGGUGUUGCCUCCUUCCUUUUGGGGCAGGGAGGGGGAAUCUCCCUUCAUCAUAUGUAGACGUAGUUAAAGGCAUCAUACUGUCAAGAUCUCUUUUGCAGUGAUGUUAUUUUCAUCUGGGUUUUUAACUUUUUAAUUUUUUUUUUUUUUUAAAUAAAGCUUGGUUGGUGCAUAGAAUAUCUGAAUAAAAUUGGCAUUUCACAACAAUUGCGAGAAAAGUUGUCAAAAACAGUUUCUACUAUAAAUAUUUACUCUAAAGUAACUUUUAAUGAAAAUAUUUUAAUGACUACUUAGUUUUGCAUAAGGUUACAUAGUUCUAAUGAUCUCUGUUCUCUAGUAUAUUCGCCUUUUGUCAAAACUUCUCUGUGUAUGGGUGGGUGCCUGUGGUGUUUCUAGUGAAAUUAGACUUCUGAUGCACAUGAUAAAAUUUAUUUUUUAAAAAUGUUUCGUGUUAAAUCUGGUGUGUUGGUAAUUCCUUGGAGCAGCUCUGGAGCUAUGCGGUCCAUGAUACCACUAAAAUCUGCAACCAGGAUUUAAUAUGGUGAUUAAAUGUUGUCUCACAACAAACCAAGAUUUUCCACCAUCAUCAUAUCAUGAAGUUGUCAGUGACUGAAAUACCUCCAGUGGAUUUGGAUGCACUGCUGCAGUAUUAUUUCCACCAUAACAUCGCUUCUUGCAUGCAGGACAGAUCAUCUCUCCUUUAGCAGUUCAUGGUAAUGCUUACUCAAUUUCAUGUAUCCAAGUGAAAUUAUUUGGGAUUUUUGUUACUGGGUGAGAUAUUUGCCGUAAAGAGGAUGUGAAAUAAUGGGUUCAGAUUGUGAGAGCUUUUUUACUCUCUUAUGGGAACAUCAGUCAUCGUUUUAAGUUUUAUCAAGAGAGCAUUUCUUAAAAUGUGAAGGUUAAGAACACUAUGUUUGCAGUCCACUGUUCACUCUUAUUUUAGUUUUGUCCGUCCAGUGAGAUUGCAUGCCCUCUUUCCAGCACAGAGCUGUCGAGACAGUAAAGUAUAUUUUCUGACUUCUUUUGUCCUGUCAGUCCAUCUGCCUGCCGUCCAGGUAUGGUGUUUUCUUGUCACGGCCAGCUAUUAUUUUUACACUUCCUUGGGUUUAGUUUUUCUUUAUCAUGUUUUGAAGGCACUAUUUGUUAUACACUUCUCCAUUUGACAUCUGUGAUUUUUCUUAUAUCAGUGCAGAAGAUUGCGUGUAAACUUAGUCCAUAACCCUUAAAAGUUUUAUGUGAUCUGCAAAGUGUCAUUGUGAAACACACUUUUAUGAUCUAAAUUAAAAAAACAAAAGUCAAUAGUUUAUUGAAUAAAACUGUCUUCCAUAUGACUAUGCCAAAAUCUAAACACUGCAAACAUUUUUUAAAAUAUUAGAAUUUGUGUUGAGACAGUAUUUCACAAUUUGGAAAGGUUUAAAAACGUUGCAAAAACAGUAUCUAGUCAGGAAAAACUUUCAAAUACGCUCUUCUUUUUUUCAAUACUGGUGCAGAUUAUUCUUGUAUAGCAGCUAAAAUUGGAUUUAUAACUGCAGAAAAUUUGAUGAUCUGGUUAUCUUGUUACUGAAAUGCAGUCAGUGUAGCUUGUAUUCUUUACAUAAAGCCCAGACCAUGCAUGAGUAUAGUGACAGACUUCUAAGAUCAAAACAGAAAAUAUAAAGGCAUCUUGAAGAAUCAGUAUGUAGACGUUAUGGAUUUUAAAUUAGGGAUUUUUAAAGUAAUUGAUUAUACUCUGGUUAGAUAUUAUUAGGCCUGAAACAAUAGUGUGAUAAUUUGAUUGCCCUGUAGUUGUGCAUGUACACAUGUACUUGUACACGUGCCCAUGUAGAACUGAUCAAGUGAUUAACAUUUCCUGUUUUAUUGCUUUUUUCCAGAGAUAUAUAUAUAUCUUUGUGGUUCCUACAGCACCAGAGAUUUUUCAUGCACUUUAAAUACUUUUCUCUGGUAUUGGCAAAACUAGUCUGCAUUGGGUCUAUCUCACUGCAUGUCAGUACAUUUUCUAACUAAAAUAGCCAAUGCUGGCAGUAGUAGAUUUUUUUUAUUGUGACAGAGUUGCCAAAGGAUUUUACAUUUUCUAAAGCACCACUUUCCCUUUGCAAGUCUAUCACAUGUAAGUUUAGAUUUUACACCUUUCCUGGCUAGACCUCAUAAUUAUACCCUUAUCUGAUCUGAUCUGAUCAUGCACACAGCCAUUAUUUGGAGAACAGGGAGCAAAAAAUAUUGCCAUGUCGUCAGGUUGUCUUUACGUUAUGACGUGUCCUUUUGAUGCUGACCGGACUAGGUGUUACAUUAGUGCUAUAGUUUCAGCUUCCAACCUUUGCUCACUGUAGAGAGAUUAGUUUAUUUUGCUGCUUUUAUGCUGUUUUAAGAUGCAGUUUGUUGUAUACACCAUUAUCAACAGAGUAGUGUUUGACAAAUUUUUUUUUUUUUUGUUAAUAUUGCUGUUAAUGCUUCGUUUUUUGUAAGCUCUGCAAUCAACAGAAGAACCUGUACCUUAGCUGCCAGUCUGUGUAUUAUAUUACCAAACUAAAGUAAUUCUGAAUUUCUUUUAAUAAAAGAAGGGAAAUUCGUGUGGAAAGGAACGAAAUUAAAAGGGUUUGACUUUA